AUGGCCCUUCUUCAAACCAAUAAGGAUCUCAUUGCUACAGGAAUAAAGGAAUUUAACAUUCUGCUGUAUCAGCAGGUCUUCUCUCAUCCUGCUGUCCCUGAAGAAGCCAUGGUGACUGUGGUGAAUGACUGGGUGAACUUCUACAUCAACUAUUAUAGGCAGCAGAUGGUGGGGGAGCAGCAAGAGCAGCACGAGGCUGUGCAGGAACUUCGGCAACAGCUGGAUACUGUCUGCCUCUUUCCUGGACAAAUAUAG